UAGAGAUGUCAGUUAGGUCAUUACUCCCCAAACACGAGCGAUGAUUACCGCUCUUAGCCUGAUUUUGACAACUUUCGGUACAUUUCGGCUCUUUUGUGGUCAGCCAUAGCUUUAACUAACCUGCAAGGACUUUACGCAGUUAGCUAUUCCGGAAAGAUAUAACGUUAGUUGUUGGUGUUGUUGACGUAAAGGACGAUAGCAAACGUUGGCUAACCUAGUCAGUUUUGUUGUAGCUCAUUUCGGAAAAGUGUCGAUAUGAGAAGUGGAGCCUACAAGUUUUUGACUGUGUUUUCAUGCCUGAUUGUUUGCGGUUUCAUGUUCAUGUUUUGGUUUUUCGUUUUCUACUCAUUUGCACCAUAAUUGGCAACACAGGAAUUUAACUUCUGAUUAAGUCAUUUUAAUAUCCAGUCGGCAAAGCGCUAAAGCCAUUUUGUCCCGAUCAAAACAGGCUACAUAUACUAACAAACUGUGGUCAGUAAUCGUGACGUUAAUUAAAAUAUUUGCCUCAAAUGUAUGCGACAAACAAGCCGAAACAAACAAAUGUAGCAACUGCUGGCUAAGUAUCCAAUGUACCAAGGGUCCAUUUUGUUUACGUCAUCGUCAGGCGUGUCACAUGAUCUGAAUAAGGAAGCGAGGUUUAUUUGGACUGAUUAUCCGGGACCAGGGUCGUGAUAGUGAUGGCUGCUGUGUCCGUAGACAAAGACUGUGCUGAUCAGAAGCUUCAGUUUGCUCCCUUCUCCAGCGCGUUAGAAGCCGGCUUCUGGCACCAGCUCACUCAGAAGAAACUGAAUGACUACCGACUGGAUGAGAGUCCCAAGAACAUCAAAGGCUACUACUACAAUGGGGAUCCGGUUGGCCUCCCUACUCGCCUGACAUUGGAGUUCAGUGCAUUUGAAGUGGACGGCCCCACCCCAGUCCGCUGUUGCCCGGUAACCGGGACCCUGUUCAACACCAACACACUGGAGGCCUUUAAGACGUCUGAUAAGAAAGCGCUGCUGGAGCAGCAGGCCAAGGAGAUCUGGGAUGCAAUACAGUCGGGUGCUGCUCUGGAUGACCCAUCGCUCCUCUGCAGGUUCCUGCUGCUGACUUAUGCGGAUCUGAAGAAGUAUCACUACUUUUACUGGUUCUGCUUCCCAGCUCUGUGUUUUUCUGAUGGUAUCAAGAUCCUGAAGGAGCCUGCUACUUUGGAGCAAAUUUUCUCACCCAGACAGACCGCAGCCCUGCAGUCGGGGUAUGACCGUCUGUGCAGUGAGACCGGCACCUCAGCUGUUCCCUACUUCCUGGUCAAGUACACAGAGGAGGAUGUGGAGGUCGCCCAGCUACGGGACUGGGACAGCUUUGUUACCGACCUCAGCAAGGUAACUGUGGGUGUGUAUGACCCUUGCACUCUGCCUCAGCACCCAGGAUGGCCUCUCAGGAACCUGCUGUUCCUCAUAGCUUGCAAAUGGGGCUUCCUACUGGAUGUGUUGGAGGUGGUGUGUUUUAGAGACCGGACUCUUCAGGGCUCUCGGAACAUUCAGCACAGCAUUGUCUUCCAGGUCAAACUGCCACUUCCUGACCUGUCCCUUAAUGCAGUGUGUCCAAAGAGUGUCGGAUGGGAAAAGAACCCUAAAGGAGCCAUGGGGCCAAGGAUGGUUAACCUCAGUGAAUGUAUGGACCCUAAGAGACUGGCCGAGUCAUCUGUGGAUCUGAACCUGAAGUUGAUGCGCUGGAGACUUGUCCCAUCCCUGAACCUGGACAAGGUGACCUCUACCAAAUGCCUGCUGCUGGGGGCCGGCACUCUUGGCUGUAACGUCGCCAGGACUCUGAUGGGAUGGGGCGUGAGACACAUCACGUUGGUGGACAACGCUAAGAUCUCCUACUCCAACCCUGUGAGACAGCCUCUCUAUGAAUUUGAAGACUGCCUGGGUGGAGGCAAAGCCAAAGCCCCGGCUGCUGCCGACAGACUGGUCAAGAUCUUCCCUGGAGUAGUCGCUGAGGGUCAUGUGAUGAGCAUCCCCAUGCCAGGCCAUCCGGUGAACUUCUCAGAGGGGACCAUGGCCCAGGCCCGGAAAGACGUGGAGCACUUGGAGAAACUAAUCUCGGAACAUGACGUCAUCUUCCUGUUGAUGGACACACGUGAGAGCAGGUGGCUGCCCACUGUGAUAGCAGCUAGCAAGAGGAAGUUGGUAGUGAACUCUGCUUUGGGAUUUGACACCUUUGUGGUGAUGAGACACGGCCUGAAGAAACCUUGUGAACCAGACGACUCCUCCCCGUCCGUUUCCUCUUCCACCUCCUCCUCCUCCUCGACGCCGGCCGAGCCCGCCCAGCUCCCAGCAGCCUCUCUGUUCUCCAAUAUUCCUGGACACCGUCUUGGCUGUUACUUCUGUAACGACGUGGUCGCCCCCGGAGAUUCCACCAGAGACCGGACCUUGGACCAGCAGUGCACAGUCAGCCGACCCGGCCUGGCCAUGAUAGCCGGAGCCCUGGCCGUAGAACUCAUGGUGUCCAUUUUACAGCACAGUGAAGGAGGGUAUGCAGUGGCCAGCAGUAGUGAUGACAGGAUGAAUGAACCUCCAACCUCUCUGGGACUCGUGCCUCAUCAGAUUAGAGGCUUUCUGUCCAGGUUUGACAACGUUCUGCCAGCCAGCCUGGCUUUUGACAAAUGCACUGCCUGCUCCCAAAUUGUCCUCGACAGCUAUGAGAAGGGUGGCUUCAACUUCCUGUCCAAGGUGUUUAACUCCUCCCACUCCUUCCUGGAGGACCUGACAGGGCUGACGCAGCUGCACCAGGAAACGCAAAACGCAGAGAUCUGGGAUAUGAGUGACGACGAGAGCAUCUGAGAUGGAGGAUGGCAGCGUGGAACGGAACAUGGUACCAAAGGGAUUCUUCAGUGCUGGAACAAGCCAUCACUUACUGGUCAGAGCUCUGCUACAAACAUAAUGGGCUUUCACUAUAGUUACUUGUUUCAAACCAUAUUACUGUUUGUUCUGUAUGCCACUGAUAUGGUUUCAUUAACUGCUAACAGCAUCUGAAAUUGUUUUUUUUCACUCCGCUAUAAAAAUGUCAAGUUAGUUCAUUGCUGUAGUAAGAAGAGCCCCUACUUUUUAACUGCGUCACUUUCAUGAUGACUAAUAUGAAGAAUAAUUAAUUAUACGUUCUGUUGAUUCUCUGUCUUGUUGAUUAGAUUGCUAUAUUUCAAGGGGGGUGUUUGAUUAUCUGUUUUGAGGACAGUUGAGAUGUUUACCUGCUCUUCGGUGUACAUUUGUCAUUUACAGACUUGUGCAGGUUUUCUGUCUACUUCACUUAACAGAAAUGUUCCUAAAAUACCCUGGGUCCUGGAUUUACAUGUGAAUGGGCAGGAGGGCUAGGAAUGCUCCAGCAAUCAUCUCUGGAAAACCAGGGAAUUAUGGGAAAGUUACUGGAAUAUUACAGCCCUUACUGUUCUCAUUUGUUUAAUAUAUGCUACAGGAAAUGUUCCAGUUUUAACUUUUCUGUAACAUCACCUUAAUGGCAGCAUCAUGUAUCAAUCCACUCACAUUUGAGGAUCAUCACAUUUGUUUACAAUCGAUAUCUCCGUUUAGUCUGAAUCACAGAGGUUAUGCAUUAAAGUUAUCAGAGGCUACAUUCAGUGAACAUUGUGUCUGCUCAACUGGAGAAUGCCUUCACAUUAACACUGCCUUCUUUAGGGCUUCAGCCAAAGUUUACCUGAGCCCCUUUACCUGUCACUGUGGGAAACGAGACUUGAUGUACACAAGAUAUACAUACAUUGUGCGAUAUUGUUGCAGAUGGCCAGAACUGGAUUCUCACACAGGAUAUCAGAGACGGGUUGGUCAGUUUGUCAUGGAAACACCUGCAUGUCCGUCACACUGUUUGUAAUGUCUAUUGUCAAGUGUAUUUGAAAGACACACACACACAGUUGUGUACAUCUCUCGCUUUGGUUAAUAAAUUAAAGAUUUCCUGAAUGUGUGUCA